UAAUCCCCUCUGUGUCUGAGAGGCCAGCUGAGAGAGGCAGGAAGAAGGCAAUUCCUGGCUGGUGGACGGCAUCUGAGCAGGUGUCAGGAUGCUGGGCUGGGUCCAGAGGGUGCUGCCUCAGCCCCCAGGGACACCAGUGAAGACCAAGAGAGAGGAGGAGGAGGGGGCAGAACCAGAGCCAGAGUUGGAGCCGGAGCCUGAAACAGCCCCUGAGGAGACUGAGCUAGAGGAAGAGUCCCUGCCACCUGAGGAGGCCCGCGUGGGGAAGGAAGUGGCUGAGGCUGAUCCGGGCCCUCAGGAAACCCAGGAGGCUGCCCCUUCUCCACCCACAUCCCUCCAGGCUCAGGUCGCUGUGGUUCCCGAAGCGAACAGUGGUCCCAGCAGCCAGGUGCUGACCUGGCUCAGAAAGGGUGUGGAGAAGGUCGUUCCGCAGCCCGUCCACAGUGGCAGGCCUGCCCAGAGCACCGCUGCUGGCUUGGAGGGUCCAGCUCAGAUCCUUGGGCACUGCAGCACUGGGGGCUCAGGUAAGGCCAGGAAUGAGGCCCCCAGGGCCCAAGACAAUGGGCCCAGGUCCUGGCUGCUCAGGUGGCUUGAGCAGAAUCUGGAGAAAAUGCUGCCUCAGCCUCCGAAAACCUCCGAGGGCUGGAGAGAUGAGCCUGCAGAUGCCGCCUUGGGUCCAGAGCCCCCAGGACCCCCUUUGGAAAUGGAGCCUGUGCCGCAGGCCCAGGAGAGCCCCUCCCUGCCUGCUCCUGCCCCCCCGAAGCCCGAGGAGGAGCCGACUCCAGAGCCCCAGCCUGGCAUCCAGGCCUCCUCCCUGCCGCCCCCACAGGACUCUGCCAGGUUGAUGGCGUGGCUCCUGCACAGGCUGGAGAUGGCCCUGCCACAGCCAGUGAUCCGUGGGAAGGCUGGGGAGCAGGAGCCUGACUCCCCUGUGACAUGUGACGUGCAGAGCAUCACCAUCCUCCCGGGAGAGCAAGAGGAGCCCAAUCUCAUCCUAGAAGAUGUUGACCCUCCCUGGGAAGAAGAUGAGCAUCGGGAGGUCAGCAGCAGCCCACAGGGUGCAGAGGCAGCUCCAGCUGAUGAAGAGGAGAGCGAGGUGGUGGAGCAGAUGCCCAGGGAGCUGCCUCAGAUUCAAGAGGAGAAAGAAGACGAGGAGGAGGAGGACGCAGAGGAGGAGGAGGACGGAGAGGAGGAGGAGGACGCAGAGGAGGAGGAGGUCGAGGAGGAGGUCGCAGAGGAGGAGGAGGAUGCAGAGGAGGAGGAGGACGGAAAGGAGGAGGAGGACGGAAAGGAGGAGGAGGUUGCAGAGGAGGAGGAGGACGAAAAGGAAGAGGAGGACGCAGAGGAGGAGAUCGCAGAGGAGGAGGAGGACGGAAAGGAGGAGGACGAAGAGAAAGAGGAGGAGGACGGAAAGGAGGAGGAGGACGGAAAGGAGGAGGAGGCCGCGGCCGCCAGCUCAGGAGUACCUGCCACGGAAGAGCACCCGGAAGUGCAGGUGGAAGACGCUGAUGCUGACAGCCAUCCCCUCUACGAGGAGGAGAAUCCACCCUCUCCCGUGCCGCUGCCCCCGUCUCCUGCCGAAUCCGACACACCUGGGGCCCCAGGAUCAGCCACAGGGAGCCUCAGGAAGAGGCUGUGCUCCCAAGAUGAUGAGGCUGAAGAGCUCAAGAUGCUGUCACCGGCCGUAUCCCCCGUGGUCGCUUGGUCGGACCCCACCAGCCCGCAGGGCACUGAUGACCAGGACCGCGCAGCCUCCACAGCCAGCCAGACGGGCACCCUCAUCAACGACCGGCUCCAGGAGCUGGUGAAGCUUUUCAAGGAGCGGACGGAGAAGGUGAAGGAGAAGCUCAUCGACCCUGAUGUCACCUCUGAUGAAGAGAGCCCCAAGCCCUCCCCAGCCAAGAAAGCCCCAGAGCCGGCCCUGGAUGUGAAGCCAGCUGAAGCGGGGCAGGUGGAGGAGGAACACUAUUGUGAAAUGCUCUGCUGCAAGUUCAAACGCCGCCCCUGGAAGAAGUACCAGUUUCCCCAGAGCAUCGACCCGCUGACCAGCCUGAUGUACAUCCUGUGGCUGUUCUUCGUGGUGCUGGCCUGGAACUGGAACUGCUGGCUGAUUCCCGUGCGCUGGGCCUUCCCCUACCAGAUGCCGGACAACAUCCACCUCUGGCUGCUGAUGGAUUACCUGUGUGACCUCAUCUACCUCCUGGACAUCACCGUGUUCCAGCUGCGUCUGCAGUUUGUCAGAGGCGGGGACGUCAUUACAGACAAAAAGGAGAUGCGCAACAAUUAUCUGAAAUCUCAGCGCUUUAAGAUGGACAUGCUCUGCCUCUUGCCCUUGGACUUUCUCUACUUGAAAUUCGGUGUGAAUCCCCUCCUGCGCUUGCCCCGCUGUUUGAAGUACGUGGCCUUCUUCGAGUUUAACGACCGCCUGGAAUCCAUCCUCAGCAAAGCCUACAUUUACAGGGUUAUCAGGACCACAGCCUACCUGCUCUACACUUUACAUGUGAACUCAUGUCUGUAUUACUGGGCUUCAGCCCAUGAGGGCCUUGGCUCCACUCACUGGGUUUACGAUGGCGUGGGAAACAGUUACAUUCGCUGUUACUACUGGGCUGUGAAGACCCUCAUCACCAUCGGCGGCCUGCCCGACCCCAAGACGCUCUUUGAAAUUGCCUUCCAGGGUCUGAACUAUUUCACAGGUGUCUUCGCUUUCUCCGUGAUGAUCGGACAGAUGAGAGACGUGGUGGGGGCCGCUACGGCGGGAAAGACCUACUACCGCAACUGUAUGGACAGCACAGUGAAGUACAUGAACUUCUACAAGAUCCCCAGGUCCGUGCAGAACCGGGUCAAGACCUGGUAUGAGUACACCUGGCACUCCCAAGGCAUGCUGGACGAGUCAGAGCUGAUGGUGCAGCUUCCAGAUAAGAUGCGGAUGGACCUCGCCAUCGAUGUGAACUAUGACAUCGUCAGCAAAGUGGCACUCUUCCAGGGCUGUGACCGGCAGAUGAUCUUCGACAUGCUGAAGAGGCUUCGCUCUGUUGUCUACCUGCCCAACGACUACGUGUGCAAGAAGGGGGAGAUAGGCCGGGAGAUGUACAUCAUCCAGGCGGGGCAGGUGCAGGUCUUGGGUGGCCCGGAUGGGAAGUCCGUACUGGUGACGCUGAAAGCUGGAUCUGUGUUUGGAGAAAUAAGCUUGCUGGCUGUUGGGGGCGGGAACCGGCGCACGGCUAACGUGAUAGCCCACGGGUUUACCAACCUCUUCAUUCUGGAUAAGAAGGACCUGAAUGAAAUUUUGGUGCAUUAUCCCGAGUCUGAGAAGUUGCUCCGGAAGAAGGCCAGGAGAAUGCUGAGAAAUAACAACAAGCCCAAGGAGCAGAGUGUACUCAUCCUUCCUCCACGGGCAGGCACCCCCAAGCUCUUCAGUGCCGCCCUGGCUGCAGCAGGAAAGAUGGGUGCCAAGGGGGCCAAAGGUGGCAAGCUCGCCCACCUCAGGGCGCGACUCAAGGAGCUGGCUGCGCUGGAGGCGGCUGCAAGACAGCAGCAGGUGCUGUAACAGGCCAGGAGCUUGGAAGAUGCAGCGGGAGAGACGGGAUCAGCUACCCCAAAACAGCCCGCGGCCCCGGAGACCCCAGCCCCAGGCUCUCUGCCACCUGCAUCCCAGGGGAGGUCCGAGGGAGAAGAGGGGGGCGUGGCCUGGCCCGAGGAGGGCUCGGUGCGGAUCCACAUGAGCCCAGGCGCGGAUCCCGGCGAACAGAUCCUGUUGGUGGAGAUCCCCGAGAAGGAGGAGAAGGAGGGGGAGGAGGAGAGGGAGGAGGAGGAGGAGACAGAGGAGGAGGAGGAGGGGGAGGAGGAGGAGACGGAGGAGGAGGAGGAGGGGGAGGAGGAGAAGAAGGAAGAGGAGACGGAGGAGGGGGAGGAGGAGAAGGAGAAGAAAGAGGAGGAGAAAAAGGAGAAGAAGGAGGAGAAGGAGGAGGAGGAGGAAUAGAGAGGCGGCAGCUAGUGCGCCACAACCCAGCAGGUGUGCGCCCCGCCCGCCCCCUCGCUCCCCUGCUCUCCUGCUCCCCGUGAGCCCGGAGU